AGGCAGAAGUAAUUUGGAAAGCGAUAGGACAGUCAAGAUGGCGCCAGCUGACGACGGAUAUGACCUGAUUGUGUCUGGGGACUGCGGCGGGACCAACACCCGACUCACGCUGUGGCGUGUGCCCCACAACAGCGUCCACUUGAAAGGCAAAAUCGCUCCGGGGGAACUUGUGUUCAACCAAAAGUACCUCAAUGAGAACCACGGCAGCUUUGUGGAAGUGGUACAUUUGUUCCUGAAAGAAGCCGACGUCGACGAUCCUCCUAUUUGCUGCGUCUUGGCCUGCGCGGGCCCAGUGUUGAACAACUCCGUCGUGUUCACGAACAUUGCGUUCGGCUGGUCCAUCAACGGCGACAACUUGCAGCGAGAACUCGGCAUCGCCAACGUCAAGUUGGUCAACGACUUUGUGGCCAUGGGCUAUGGUCUCUUAACCCUUCGGGAGCAUGAAUACCUGGCCUUGAACGACGUGCCGCGUGAAGUGGACGCACCGAUCGCGACCAUCGGUGCUGGCACGGGACUCGGAGAAUGUUUCUUGACCCCGUCUGGCGAGUCUUACGAGUGCUUUCCCACGGAAGGCGGCCACUGCGACUACUCCCCAACGACGGACAUCGAAGUCGAGAUCUACGACAAGCUUCGCAACAAGUUUGGCCCCAACAAGCGGCUGUCCACGGAGCGCAUCAUCAGCGGAAACGGCCUCGCCAGCAUCUACGAGCACUUGGCGGAGAAGUUCCCCGAGAAAGUCAACAGCACGGUCCACGCCGAGUUCGAAAGCACCGACUCGUUGCGCGGCGGCGUCGUCGGCAAGAACGCUGGGUCGGAUGAGCUGUGCAGCCAAGCCAUGGAGAUCUUUGUCAAGGGGUACGGCCGAGAAGCGGGCAACGCGGCGCUCAAGUACUUGCCUCGAGGGGGCUUGUACAUCACGGGCGGCAUGGCGCCCAAGAAUCUCGACUUCUUCACCAAGAAGAGCUGGUUCCUGGACGCGCUUUUCGACAAGGGUCGCGUCACCCCCGCGCUCAAGUCUGUGCCCAUCUACUUGGUGCUCACGGAAGACUUGGGCGAGCGUGGCGCGCACUAUUACUCGUACCAGCUGCUCAACAAAUCGCGAGGCCAAGUGGCUGCUGCGGUUGCUCCGACGGCGGCUGUCGAGCCCCUUGUGUCCAAGAAGAGCAGCAGCGGUGUGGUAGCCGACUCGGCCAAGUACAUUGCGGUGGUGACGGCGGCGUUGGUCGGCGUCACGAUUGGGUUCCGCCUGGGAAAGAAGUAAAGUGCUGGUCGGCGGUACUAGUUGACAAGCAAUCGAUAUGAUGGAUACGUACCAGCCACCAUACUGUAGUGGCUUGUCCAUAACGUUAUAUAGUACGGGGGUAAUGAUUGACAGUAGAGAAAGCAAACGAAGUUGUUAAAUAGAGAGUAGGUACUGUAGGUGUAGUACAGUAGGCUUCUACGCGGCAGUGAUGAUGGCGUCGCACAGCAUUUGAUAGUCUUCGGCAUUCCAUGAGAGGUCGCAGUCGGUAGAGAAGAACGGGAUCGGAUCCAACCCGUCGUUGUUGUCGUCGUCUGCCGCCAGGGGAGGAGUCAACGGCACGACGGGCGAGUCGGGUGGACUCGCUUUGGUCACGCGCAGCUUGUACGCUUUUUGGAACCGGUUCGCUUUGCCGCGGUGGUACUCGCAGAGACGAUGGAGCUGUCCGUUCUUCUUGGCGGAUCGAGCGCGGUCGCAUCGCUUGGACGUGUAUUGGCAUACAAAGGCCGAGUGCGGCGCGACCUUUGUCCGGACCUUCUUGUCGGUACUACUUCGUGGCAUACGGAAUGGAAAAUGGAAACUGGUGUCAUGAUGCAUCCCAG